AUGUACUCAGAGUGGAGAUCCUUGCAUCUUGUCAUUCAAAAUGAUCAGGGUAAUACCAGUGUACUUCACAGCUAUCCUGAAAACGUAGGGAGAGAAGUGGCAAAUGCAGUGGUGCGUCCUCUUGGACAGGCUUUAAUCACAUCGUCUGUUGGAAGUGAGAGUUUGCUAAAAACGGACAAAGAAGUAAAAUGGACUAUGGAGGUGGUUUGUUAUGGCCUGACCCUCCCUCUGGAUGGCGAUACUGUGAAAUACUGUGUCGACGUUUAUACAGAUUGGAUUAUGGCUCUUGUGUUACCGAAGGACUCCAUUCCCUUACCAGUUAUUAAGGAACCAAACCUUUAUGUUCAAAGCAUUCUCAAACAUCUCCAAAAUCUCUUUGUUCCAAGGCCAGACCCAGGAUCUAGCCAGAUUAGAUUAUGCUUACAGGUUUUGAAAGCUGUCCAGAAACUGGCUCGUGAAUCAACAAUUAUGGCAAGAGAAACCUGGGAAGUUUUGUUAUUAUUUCUUCUCCAGAUCAAUGACACUCUUCUAGCAGCUCCAACUGUGCAAGGUGGCAUUGCUGAGAAUCUGGCUGAGAAGUUAAUUGGUGUGCUGUUUGAGGUGUGGUUACUGGCUUGUAUGCGGUGCUUUCCAACACCACCAUACUGGAAAACAGCCAAAGAGAUGGUGGCCAACUGGCGACAUCACCCUGCGGUGGUUGAGCAGUGGAGCAAGGUCAUCUGUGCCCUUACUUCCAGAUUGCUGCGUUUUACCUAUGGACCUUCAUUUCCUCCAUUUAAAAUUCCUGAUGAAGAUGCUGGUCUGAUUCCUCCCGAGAUGGACAAUGAGUGCGUUGCACAAACUUGGUUUCGCUUUUUACAUAUGCUGAGUAAUCCUGUGGAUUUGAGUACCCCAGCCAUUAUUAGCUCUACCCCCAAAUUUCAGGAGCAGUUUCUGAAUGUGAGUGGGAUGACUCAAGAACUGAAUCAGUACCCCUGCCUUAAACAUCUGCCUCAAAUAUUCUUUCGUGCCAUGCGUGGGAUCAGCUGUUUAGUGGAUGCAUUCCUAGGCAUUUCACGACCCCGGUCGGAUAGCACGCCGCCCACCCCAGUGAACAGGCUGAGCAUGACCCAGAACACUGCAAUCAACACCACUCCGCCCCAUAACCGGCGGCAUCGGGCAGUAACUGUGAACAAAGCAACCAUGAAAACCAGCACUGUAACUACUGCACACACUUCAAAAGUGCAGCACCAACCCUCCUCUACUUCUCCACUCUCUAGUCCAAACCAGACGAGUUCUGAGCCACGGCCCCUGCCAGCUCCUCACAGGCCAAAGGUUAACAGCAUCUUGAAUCUCUUUGGAUCGUGGUUGUUUGAUGCAGCAUUUGUUCACUGUAAACUUCAUAACGGAAUAAACAGAGACAGCAGCAUGACUG